CGGCGCCCGCCCCGCCCCCGGCUCCCGGCAGACGGGCGGCGCAGCGCGGAGCGGAGCGCGGGGCGCAGCGCAGCCGCGGAGCCGCCAUGGAGGCGCCGCCCGCUCCCCCCGCCGUACCGCCCGCUCCCUGUAGCGCGGCCCGCAGCCUGCAGGACGAAUUGACUUGCCCGGUGUGCUUGGAGUACUUCAACGACCCGGUGCUGGUAGCCGAGUGCGGUCAUAACUUCUGCCGCGCCUGCGUGACCCAGUGCUGGGAGGACUCGGCGCGACGGCUUUGCUGCCCGCAGUGCCGGGAACCGGUGCCGCAACGGCUGUUUCGCCCUAAUCGUUCUCUCGGUAAUAUCGUUCACAUCGUCCGCCAGCUCGGGCUGCCGCCGGGCCCCGCAGAGCCGCCGCCGGGCCCUCCCGCUCCCGCCCCGCCGUUGCCCGCCGCCGCUCCGCCCGGGCCUCCCGGGCCGCCGCGCUGCCCCCGCCACGGUGAACCGCUGCGGCUCUACUGCGUGCAGGAUCGCCGCGCCGUCUGCGUUGUCUGCCACCUCUCCCGGGAGCACCGGACCCACACCGUGCUGCCCGCCGAGGAGGCGGCCCACGCCGCAGAGGAGGUGCCACAGGAGCAUUUGAGCUCCUUGAGGAAAGGGCGUGAAGAAGCCAAGGCUGAGAGGGAGAGGCAGAGCGAAGACUUGCUGAAGCAGACAGAAGUGGAGAGGCAGAAGAUUGUGGCCGAGUGCAAGGAGCUCCGAGGCUUCCUGGAGGAGAAGGAGCAGCUCCUGCUGUCCCGUCUGGAGGAGCUGGACAGAGACAUUGUCAAGAGGAGAGAUGAGAGUGUCUCCCGGCUUUCUGAGGAGAUCGCCCAGCUCGAUAAGCUGCUGGGUGAGCAAGGAGAGAAUGGCCCCGGCAACCAGUCUGGGCAGGGUGUUGCCCCAGCUGGAAGCAGCUUUGAGAGCUGGAUGUUUUGCAAGCCGGAGGCUGGCUUCGCAGAGUUGGAGAAGAAACUAAAGAGCUUUUCCCAGAAGAGUGCAGUGCUGAAAGAAGUCUUGCUGGAGUUCAAGGAGAACCUCCGGUUCGAGCUGGAGAAUGACACAGGUGAUCUCUCUCUGGACCCAGACACGGCCAACCCCUACCUGGUGCUGUCGGAGGACAAGAGGAGCGUGCGGCUCAGGAGCGCUCCCCAGGAACUCCCAGCAAACCCCAAGAGAUUCGAUUACUCCUUCUGCGUGCUGGCGGCAGAGGGUUUCGUAGCUGGGAGGCAUUACUGGGAGGUGGAGGUGGGAGAUGGCGAGAGCUGGGUCCUGGGGGCAGCCCGUGAGUCUGUGCGAAGGAAGGAGAAAAUCGACUUUGCUCCGGAAGAGGGGAUCUGGGCGGUGGGGCUGAACUGGAAGGGGAAGAAUUGGGAUCAGUAUCAGGCUUUCACCUCCCCAGAGACGCCCUUGUCCCUGUGUGAGAGGCCCAGGAAGAUCGGGGUGUACCUGGACUACGAAGGCGGGUGGGUGGCGUUUUACAAUGCCGAUAACAUGGCUCCCAUCUUCACCUUCACAGCCGCUUUCACCGAAAAGAUCUUUCCUUUCUUCUGGCUCUUCUAUGUGGGCUCCUCGCUUUCCCUUUGCAAUUGACCCGUCCAGUUUCUUUAACCCUCCCCAAGGUGACCUGCAAGUAGUGCCCAGUCCUGUCCCCUUUUCCCCCUUGCUUUCAGAGGACCCCACAACUCCUGACUGUCCCUUGUUCGGCUUUCGGGUUAACGUUUUCUUGUUGCGUUUUAAAGUUUUGAGUCUCUUUAACCCUGAAAAAACCUUCCUUUGGGGCAUCGACCAUUGAGGGGGGGCUGCUUAAAUAGCCCCUACGUGGGGUUGUUUCCCCCACUAUGGCCUGUUGUGUAAGCAGCCCCAUUUUUAUUAUUUUUUUUUUUUUUAGUCUUGUUUUGUUUGAAGUUGGCUGCCCCAUGUAAACAGGGAUGUAACCAGGGAGAAAAGCUUCCUUAGGGGUUUAUCGCAUCCUGCAUUGAUCCGUAGCCAAAGCCACCUGCUUUUGUGCACCCCGGGAAGUUCUUGAGGGCUAGAAAACCUGCGCGAGGAGGAGAGGUGCUGUAUCCAAGCCCCGAUGUCUGACACCUGUUGCUCUGCAGGUCACCUUUUAGCUUCCCCCCCCCCCCCAUCCUCGCUUUCCUUUCCUCCUUGGGAAAGGGUCCAGCCUGUUCCGCGGCUGCUAGCGCUAAGAGAGCAAAACCCGAC